AAGACCUUUGGCAUUUCCCGAUUUCUCCGGGUAGAACUGCUAUCACCGACGAUAUUCAUUAUGGCAACCAUCGCCGCCGCCGCCGCUCGCUGCAACUCCCCAGCCCGCCGCCAGCUCCUCACUCGCCGCUGCCUCCCGUUCUCCGUUUCCUUCUCCUCCGCCACGCCGCCCGCCGCCGCGGCGGGCUUCGGCUGGGCCGAUGCUCUCCGCGUCGCCGGCGACGGCGGGCGCGGCGACGAGUCCGACCUAUCCGGGUACUUCCGGAAGGUCGACACCUGCAACCGGGGAAUGGACAAAAGGGGGGAGUUCGUGAAGUUCUUGGUGGAGGAUCAAGUCGUGGGAUACAUCCACAAGGGAUUUGUCGAGCACCUCCGAGACUUCCAUGAUGUGUUUACCAUUGUCUCGGGCAACAAUGGCAGCAACACUCUGGAAAAUGUGUCUCUCCGGUCAUCGCUUAGGACGCCAGAGGAAAGAACAAAUGCUAUUGGAGAUGUCAUAAAAAACCUUGGAGAAUUGAUUCCAGGUAUUCGGAAUGAGCUCUACCCAGUAACAUCAUCUUAUGGCAUGCCUGUGUACUUCUCUCUGGAACGUGCUGCUGCUCCCUACUUUGGUAUAAAGGCUUACGGAGUUCAUAUGAAUGGAUAUGUUGAGAAAGAUGGUCAGAAAUUUCUUUGGAUUGGUAAGAGAAGUGAUGUGAAGCAAACAUAUCCGGGAAUGCUUGAUCAUCUUGUUGCUGGUGGCCUGCCAUAUGGAAUCUCAUGCAAAGAGAACAUCAUCAAGGAAUGUGAAGAGGAAGCUGGAAUUCCAAGAUCCGUAUCAACCAAUGCUACUUCUGUUGGAGCGAUUUCUUACAUGGAUAUUGAAGGCUUUAGAUACAAAAGGGAUGUCCUCUUCUGCUAUGACCUCAAACUUCUUGCAGAUUUUGUUCCUAAUAAUGAAGAUGGAGAGGUUGAUAGCUUCAGGCUAAUCCCUGUGCCACAUGCUGCAAACAUUAUCCGGAGGACAGAAUUUUUCAAGCCAAAUUGCAACCUUGUGAUCAUCGACUUCCUCUUCCGUCAUGGGUACAUAAACCCAGAUUCUCGCGGCUACCUAAAUCUGUUGCAAAGCUUGAGGAGCGGUGAUUGUUCUUAGCUGCCGUUUGCUGUUAAAUUUUUUUUGUUGACAAUUCACUUUUAUGAAAUAGAAAAAUCAUGGAGUAGGCUGGAAAGAUAGCUGAUCAUUGAUCAAAAAUAUUUAUGGGACUUAAUUGUCAAAUCUCACUAUGAACAGAGCAUUAUCUUCAGAGUUCUGUUGAUUAGAAUUAGCAACGGAUUAGUUUGAUUUAAGGGGACAAAAUAAGGAAGAAAUGAUACUGAAUAUGGAACUCUUGUUAUUCAGUUGUCUCGUCUGUUUUUAUUUUUUGGUUUGCUGUAGUUCCAGUACCUGUAUAUAGAUGGUGCUGAUGUAUCAUUGUGAAACUUGUUAAAGAUGUAGGUCUUUAGAUGCUUGUGAGUUGUGACCA